AUGGCAACGACGGCUUCAGCGGCGUCGUUUACCGGAGUGAGUUUGUGUCCUUCUUCACAUUCAUCUUCUAUCAGGAAUACUUUGUUGCCGCAAAAGUCUCUUAUAAGCUUUUAUGGGAAGCGGAAUUCUUUCAAGUCGCUUGAGUUGAAGAGAAAUUGUGCCCUUUCGAGAGGUUUUCAGAGGAUUUCCACAAGGAACAAACCUUCUUCCUUUGUUGUUAUAUGUGAAACUUCCAGUGGAAGGAUUACACAGCAAGAGUUUACGGACAUGGCAUGGCAAGGAAUUGUAUCUUCUCCAGAUGUGGCGAAAGAGAACAAGCAUCAGAUAGUGGAGACUGAGCAUUUGAUGAAAGCCCUCUUGGAACAAAAGAAUGGCCUUGCUCGCCGUAUCUUUUCCAAGAUUGGGGUUGAUAAUACUCGGCUUCUAGAAGCCACCGACAAAUUUAUCCAACGCCAACCCAAGGUUCUUGGCGAAUCUGCUGGUUCAAUGUUGGGACGUGACUUGGAGGCCCUGAUCCAGCGAGCCAGGGAAUACAAGAAAGAGUAUGGAGAUUCAUUUAUUUCUGUUGAGCAUUUGGUUCUUGGAUUUGCUCAGGAUCAACGAUUUGGGAAGCAAUUAUUUAAGGAUUUCCAAAUAUCACUACAAACUCUGAAAUCUGCAAUAGAAUCCAUAAGGGGACGCCAGUCAGUUAUAGACCAAGAUCCCGAAGGGAAGUAUGAAGCAUUGGAGAAGUAUGGAAAAGACUUGACAGCCAUGGCAAAAGCAGGAAAACUUGACCCAGUUAUUGGAAGGGAUGAUGAAAUCCGUAGAUGCAUCCAGAUUCUCUCCAGGAGAACAAAAAACAAUCCUGUGCUUAUUGGCGAACCAGGUGUGGGGAAAACUGCAAUUUCUGAAGGCCUUGCCCAGAGAAUUGUGGAAGGUGAUGUACCUCAAGCUUUGAUGAACAGGAAGCUAAUAUCCCUUGACAUGGGUUCACUCAUUGCUGGGGCGAAAUAUCGAGGAGAAUUUGAGGAUAGAUUGAAGGCUGUACUUAAGGAAGUGACAGAUUCGGAUGGUCAGAUUAUCCUUUUCAUUGAUGAGAUUCACACAGUGGUUGGUGCUGGUGCCACAAAUGGGGCGAUGGAUGCAGGAAAUCUCUUGAAGCCUAUGCUUGGCAGGGGAGAGUUGCGUUGUAUUGGUGCAACAACACUGGAUGAGUAUCGUAAGUAUAUUGAGAAAGAUCCUGCUUUGGAGCGUCGUUUCCAGCAAGUCUAUGUUGAUCAACCUACAGUAGAAGAUACAAUAUCUAUACUCCGGGGACUGCGUGAAAGAUAUGAGCUGCAUCAUGGAGUCCGUAUUUCUGACGGUGCACUUGUGGAAGCUGCAAUUCUGUCUGAUCGUUACAUCAGUGGAAGAUUUUUACCUGACAAAGCUAUUGAUCUAGUUGAUGAAGCAGCUGCAAAACUGAAAAUGGAAAUUACUUCAAAGCCUACUGCCCUUGAUGAAAUCAAUAGGUCAGUAUUAAAGCUGGAAAUGGAGAGGUUGUCUCUUACAAAUGACACAGAUAAAGCUUCGAAAGAUAGGUUGAGCCGCCUUGAUGCUGAGUUAUCACUGUUAAAAAAGAAACAAGCUGAGCUGACGGAGCAAUGGGAGCACGAGAAGUCUGUCAUGACACGUAUUCAAUCAAUUAAGGAAGAGAUUGACAGGGUAAAUGUUGAGAUUCAGCAGGCUGAGCGAGAGUAUGAUCUAAAUCGUGCUGCUGAAUUGAAGUACGGGAGCCUGAACUCUUUGCAACGCCAACUUGAAAGUGCUGAAAAGGAGUUGGAUGAGUACAUGAAGUCAGGAAAGUCCAUGCUGAGAGAAGAAGUUACAGGUGAUGACAUUGCUGAAAUUGUUAGUAAGUGGACUGGCAUCCCUGUUUCCAAGCUUAAACAAUCUGAGAGGGAGAAGCUAUUACAUUUGGAAGAUGAGCUGCAUAAACGUGUUGUGGGUCAGGACCCUGCAGUGAAAGCAGUAGCUGAGGCCAUUCAGCGAUCUCGUGCUGGUCUCUCAGAUCCUCGCCGUCCAAUUGCUAGUUUCAUGUUCAUGGGUCCCACUGGUGUUGGGAAAACAGAACUAGCUAAAGCCCUAGCUUCCUACAUGUUCAACACUGAAGAAGCCCUUGUACGAAUUGAUAUGAGCGAGUACAUGGAAAAGCAUGCGGUUUCACGAUUAGUAGGUGCCCCACCUGGUUAUGUAGGGUACGAGGAAGGGGGGCAAUUGACAGAGACAGUUCGCAGGAGGCCAUAUGCAGUGAUUCUUUUUGAUGAGAUAGAAAAAGCUCAUUCUGAUGUGUUUAAUAUCUUCCUUCAGAUUUUGGAUGAUGGUAGGGUGACUGAUUCACAAGGUCGCACUGUCAGUUUCACAAAUACUGUCAUCAUUAUGACUUCAAAUGUGGGUUCACAGUAUAUACUCGACACUGAUGAUGACUUGCCAAAGGAGGUAGCUUAUGAAACUAUUAAGGGGAGGGUAAUGGAUGCUGCUAGGUCAGUCUUUCGGCCUGAGUUCAUGAACAGGGUUGAUGAGUACAUAGUUUUCCAGCCUCUGGAUCGGGACCAGAUAAACAGUAUUGUCAGGUUACAGCUUGGACGCGUCCAGCAAAGGCUUGCAGACCGGAAGAUUAAAGUAUUGGUUACCGGUGCAGCUGUAGAGCUUCUAGGGACUCUUGGGUACGAUCCCAACUAUGGUGCUAGGCCAGUCAAAAGGGUGAUUCAGCAGUAUGUGGAAAAUGAACUUGCGAAGGGUAUCUUGAGAGGGGAAUUUAAAGAUGAGGAUUCUAUCUCAGUAGACACAGAGGUUACAGCAUUUGCUAAUGGUCAGCUCCCCCAGCAAAAGCUAGUUUUCAAGCGUCUUGAAACUAGUGAAGAUAAAGCAGCUGCAGAAAGUUUAGCUUUUUCAGAGAGACUCUGA